ACGGGGUUGAGCGGUGCCGACGGCUUUGCGGGUUUUCGUAGAAUGGACUGAACUUGACGGAGGAACCGUUGAAUGGGGUUUUGAAAACUGACAUCAUUUUGAGAAUCGGAGUUUGGUUAGGUGAAAGAGUGAGUGUUAGGUGUUUGAUGUUAUGCGCCUGAGGUUGGUUCUCUUUGGUUUGUCAUAUGUUUGUCAAUAAGGUGUUUAAGGAUUGAUAUAUAGUGGCAGCUAUGCAAUGCAAGAUUGAAGAUUACCAGCUAGUUCAAAUCUUUAGUCAUAGAAAAAUAUGUAUUGGUUUCUCAACAAGCUGAAUCAGCAGUGGUAUCGAGAGAGUCACAGGGUGUUGUGACCGCUGAGACGAUUCAAGUGGCGUUUCGUUUAACUGAAAAAGGGUUUACUGCCAUGGUUUCUGAAUUAUGGAAUACUCGACCACAAGUUGCAACUACUGGAACUUGUUGUUUGGUUGGAGUGAUUUUUCAGCAGACGCUUUUUAUCGCAAAUGUGGGAGAUUAUUGUGUUGGUGGGGUUGCAGCGAUUCAGCUGUCUCCUGAACACAAUGCAAAUCUCGAGGGUGUUAGACAGGAACUUAGAGAAUUACACCCUUAUGAUCCCCAAAUUGUUGUUCUCAAGCAUGGAGUAUGGAGAGUAAAAGGAAUUAUUCAGGUGAAUAAGCUGGAAGAAAGCUUCAAUGUGAUUAACUCGAGAACAAGGCCACUUGCAGCAUAUUUAUUUACAAAGGACAAUAAGUUCAAGGAACAAUUUGUAAAGAAAGUUUCUGCUGGUGGUUUGCUUAUCAAUGACACUUCCUUACAUCUUGUGGUUUAUACUUUGCCAUUUGGGGGAGUUGGAGACAGUGGAAUGGGUGCAUACCAUGGAAAAUUCUCCUUUCAUGCUUUUACUCACAGAAAGGCAGUACUUUAUCGCGGUUUUACAGGCGAUUCAUCUUUAAGGUACCCACCUUACACGGAUAGAAAGCAGAAAUGUAUGAAGGCUCUAGUUGCUGGUGAUGUUCCCGAUGUGCAAUUUUGGUUGUAAGCCAUGGGGAUCCCCUGCAAAUCUUGCAAACAAUUCUGCUUGCUGCUAAUAAACACAAGAGCCCCUCUUAUGAUGACUUAGCUUCAAUGUUAGAGGCAGUUUAGGUGGCACCGAUCUUGUCCCAGCACCACCAAUACACAAUGCCAACUGGAGAGCUCAAGGGAGUCAUUUAAGGUCUAGCAUAGAGCCAACUUGCUCUUUUGAUAUACUUCACUGUUGCAUGAUAGGCCGGGUGUUAUUUCCAUUAUUAAAAUUUCCACCAACUUUGCUCUAUGACUUGCUUGAUUAUGAUGGAGAUAGUGCAACAAAAUAUUUCUGUUGUAACAUUAGAAUUUAUAAUGUGGCUUUUGUUUUUACAUC